AUGGAGAACGAGCAGCUCCCGGCACCCCCGCAGCCGCCCUCCAGCAGCGCCGGCGGCACCGGCACGACGCCCAGCAGCACCGGCACCGGCCGCCCGCCUGCCCCCCAGAUCUCCGUCUACAGCGGCAUCCCUGACCGCCAGACCGUCCAGGUGAUCCAGCAGGCGCUGCACCGGCAGCCCAACACGGCGGCGCAGUACCUGCAGCAGAUGUACGCCGCGCAGCAGCAGCACCUGAUGCUGCAGACGGCCGCCCUGCAGCAGCAGCACCUCACCAGCGCCCAGCUCCAGAGCCUGGCCGCCGUGCAGCAGGCCAGCCUGGCGGCCAACAGGCAGAGCGGUUCCUCGGGCGCCAACGGCAACCAGGCGGCACCAGCGCAGCAGCCCACGAUCAACCUGGCGACGUCGCCGGCGGCCGCCCAGCUCCUGAACCGGGCGCAGAGCGUCGCCCCCGGCACGUCGGGCAUCGCGCAGCAGGCCGUGCUGCUGGGCAACACCGCCUCGCCCACCCUCACCGCCAGCCAGGCCCAGAUGUACCUGCGGGCGCAGAUGCUCAUCUUCACGCCCACGGGCCCCGUGAGCGCCGUCCGGCCCGAGAGCCCCGCGCCCGCCCCGCCACCGGCCCCGCCGCCCGCCCCGCCACCCGCCGCCCCCCAGGUGCACAGCCUGGCGCUGCGCCCCGCCGGCCCCCACCUCCCCGCCCUCGCCAUGAAGCCCCCCGGCUGCCCCCCCCGGGCCGGCCCCCCCCGGGUCCCCCUACCCGAGACCCCCGGCGACCACCUCAAAAAGGCCGAGGGCCCCGAGGCCCGCACCCACCCCCUGGCCCGCGCCGCCGCCCCCGCAGCCGCCCACCCGCUCGUCGCCCCAGCCUACGCCCCGCUGCAGCCGCCCCAGUUCCUGCAGCAGCCGCCGAAGCCGAUGCAGCAGCAGUUCGUCAUCCAGCAGCAGCAGCAGCAGCAGCAGCUGGCGCCCCGCGGGCAGCCCCCCCCGGGGCCGGCCGCCCCCCAGCUCCAGCCGCUGCCCCCCGCCAGCCCUGGCCCGGUCCCCCCGCCCAAAGCAGGGGCCGGCCCGGGGGUCCCCCACGGGGCGGGGGCCGAUGGCGCCGCCCCCAACGGGCACCCCGGCUGCCACGGGGCCCCCCGCAAGUUCCAGCACGCCUCCGCCGUCAUCCUGCAGCUGCAGCCCGCCGGUGCCACGCCCCCGCUCAGCGUCCCCGAGGGCGCCCGCCGGGACCCGCUGCCCGCCGAGAGGAGCGCCGAGAGCCCGCCCGCCGCCCCGCCGCAGCCCCCCGCCCUCUCGCCGCCCGCCGCCCCCCCGGGCCCCGAGGCCCCCCCGGGCGAGCGGCCCCCCGCUCACGAGCCGGGCGCCGACCGCGUUCAUGCGCAGCCCGACGCCAGCGCUCCCGGCAUGACCUCGGGGAACGGGAGCUCUGCCUCCACCGUCGCCGGCGCCGCCCCGCACAAUGGUGAGAACAAACCGCCCCAGGCCAUAGUGAAGCCCCAGAUCCUGACGCACGUUAUCGAGGGGUUCGUCAUCCAGGAGGGGGCAGAGCCGUUCCCGGUGGGGCGGUCCUCGCUGCUGGUGGGGAACCUGAAGAAGAAGUAUGCGCAGGAGCUGCUGGCCGAGAAACUCCCGCAGCAGGACAACACCACCACCACCGACUCGGAAAUGGAGGAGCCCUACAUGCAAGAAUCCAAAGAGGAGGGGAACCCCCCGAAGCUGAAGUGCGAGCUCUGCGGCCGCGUCGACUUCGCCUACAAGUUCAAGCGCUCCAAGCGCUUCUGCUCCAUGGCCUGUGCCAAGAGGUACAAUGUGGGGUGCACAAAGCGCGUGGGCUUGUUCCACCCCGACCGCAGCAAGCUGCAGAAACCUGGUGGCCCCCCACACGGGCGCCGCCGCACCUGCAAGGUGCCCACCCUGAGCAAAGACACCAAGAAGCAGACGCCGGUUUCUCUCCCGACGGGCUCGGUGCCUCUCUCUGUGACGGCGUCGCUGCAGCUCAACCACAGCCAGGAGGACUCGAGCCGCUGCUCGGACAACUCGAGCUACGAGGAGCCGCUGUCCCCCAUCUCGGCCAGCUCGUCCACCUCGCGCCGGCGCCAGGGCGACCGCGACCUCGAGCUGCGCGACAUGGAGCUGCCUGACAUGCACAUGCGGGACCUGGCGGGCAUCGGGCACCGCUUCCUGCCCAGCGAGCCCAGCAAGUGGAACGUGGAGGACGUCUACGAGUUCAUCCGCUCGCUGCCAGGCUGCCAGGAGAUCGCGGAGGAGUUCAGGGCGCAGGAGAUCGACGGGCAGGCGCUGCUGCUGCUGAAGGAGGACCACCUCAUGAGCACCAUGAACAUCAAACUGGGCCCGGCCCUCAAGAUCUACGCCCGCAUCAGCAUGCUCAAGGACUCCUAGAGCCGGGGCCACCGGCCCGCACGAACGCUCCUGGCGGGGUGGGGAGGGGGGACCCAUGCCCCCCCCUCAUCCCUGCCCAGCUUGGGGGCUGCAGGGUGGGAUGGGGAGGGAGGGCAGGGGGGGAUCCACUUGCUGAGCACAAAUGGCCUCGGGGCAGCCCCCCCUGCGCCCCGCAGCCAGGCCGGGGCGCAGCUCUGCUGCAGGGGUGUGUACAUAGCCCGUAGCGAUAGCUUCCCCUUGGGUCUGCCCCGUGGGGUGGCCCCUUCUCCGGCAGGGAGGGCCCCCGUGCCCCCCGGAACGGCAGGGCGAAGCAGGACGAUUGCCUUAACGUGUGGCCCUGCCAGGACGUGGCAGGGGGGCUGUAGCCCCCCGAGGGGCGUUUCAGGGUGCCUCGUGGAGAAGGCGUCGCCCCCACCCUGGGCUGUUUUGGGGGCACCUUAGUAGAGGACGGCGGCGGUGGGGGUUCAGCCCCCAAGGCAGGUAAGGACCCCCAGAGCGCUCACCGCCGCUGCUGCUGGCCACCAGUCUUUCUAAGAAAAGAGGAAAAAAAAAAAGGAAAAAUACAAACCACAACCCUUUUUUCCUGUUUUUGUUUUUAAUAAACA